AUGCCAUGGCCAGGGAGAGGGCAGUGGCGUAUCAAUGUUGCUAUGAACCGCUUGUCAGAGUAUGGCUUUCCAAGGCCUCUAAUUCGCCAGACCAUUGAGAACCUCCUCAUGGUAUAUGGAAGUGGUGGGUGGGUCUUCUUGGAGAAUAGCUCCUACCGCGUUAUCAUUGAAAAACUUCUUGAAGAAGACCAAACACAACAGAGGCAGCCAGAGGAGGAUGACGAGCAUGGAGGAGGAGCAACUUCAGGUGAGCCGGUGCCAGAAAAUGGGAUACAAACCUCAGGAGCAGAGGUACCAGCUUCCGGAUCUGAUCCAGCCAAAGCUGUAGCAGUGCCAAGUGAUGCUACAACUGCAGUGUCAGUACUCCCUGUCCCUGAAGCUAGAGUACACACUGGCUCAAGAAGCUAUGGAGGAGAGAUAGCUGAUGAGAAUAUGAUCAUAUGGUGCUGGAGCAUGUGCAAGGCUGCAAAUUAUGGUGGCUGGCACUGCUGGACAGUCUCCAGUGAGCUGCAGCUUUCUUCUCUGAUGACGCUGAAUGACGAUGUGGUCUCAUCCUAA